AUGUCGGCGGCGGCGUGCUUGGACUACUUCGCUGCCGAGUGCCUGGUGUCCAUGUCCGCGGGCGCCGUGGUCCACCGCCGCCCGCCGGACCCCGAGGGGGGUGCCGCGCCCCCGGGGUCCGCUCCGCCGGGCCUGGGAGCCCCGGGGCCCGCGCCGGCACCCCCGGCUCCCCAGGUCUGCGCCCCCGGCCCCGGCGCGGACGGCGCGGCGCCCCACCUGCUGGCCGCGAGCAUCCUGCUUGAUCUGCGCGCCCGCUCCAGGCAGCGCUUAAGGGCGAACCUGCAGAAGGCUCCGCGAGACUCGUCCGGCUCCUCCGACCCGCGCCGACGCCCGGGGCCGCCCCGACGCCUCCAGCCGGACCCGGCCUCCAGCGAAGAAGCGGUCCCCGGACCCUCCAGCUCCUCCGGCUCGCGCGCCGUCCCAAGUGAGUCAGCUGUCCAGGGUGUGGCCGCGCACACCUGGAGAGGGUCCCGCAGGGGUCCAGGGUCCGGCUCCGGCCCUGCGGCACGUCAGAUGCAACGGAGGAGGCCCGCAACACCUGCUACCAAGCGCCAUGUGUGCUCCUUCCCGGGCUGCAACAAAGCCUACUACAAGUCAUCGCACCUCAAGUCGCACCAGCGCAUCCACACGGGCGAGCGCCCCUUCUCCUGCGACUGGCUCAACUGCGACAAGAAGUUUACGCGUUCUGACGAGCUGGCCCGCCACUACAGGACGCACACCGGCGAGAAGCGCUUCUCCUGCCCUCUCUGCCCCAAGCUGUUCUCCAGGAGCGACCACUUGACCAAGCAUGCCCGUCGCCAUCCGCUGUAUCACCCAGACAUGGUUGAGUAUCGGGGGCGUCGUCGCACACCUCGUGCCGAAGAUCCGCAACCUACCAGUGUGGCUGAAAGUUCUGGCUCUGGCUCUGGCUCUGGCUCUGGCUCUGGCCCUGGCUCUGGCCAGGCGACCAGUGGCACUACCUACCUGUAG